UGUCAUUUCUAAACUGAGCCAUAGACUUCUUUCCCGGUUUUCUCAUGCAGUAAUAACGUCCUUGACACUUAAAGAUAAUAGAUAGAUAGUGUUUAUACUUACAUAUAUGGCUCUACAAUUUGGCCUCCCAGGAUUCCGGUUCCACCCGACCGAGGAGGAGCUCCUCGAUUUCUACCUCAAGAACACGGUCUCCGACAAGAUGCUAAGCUUCGACGUGAUCGGUGUCCUUAACAUCUACCAUCACGAUCCCUGGAAACUUCCUGGACUGGCUAAGAUUAACGGGGAGAGGGAGUGGUACUUCUUCGUCCCGAGAGACAAGAAGCAUGGCAGCCUGGGCCGGCCGAACCGGACGACUGAAAAUGGGUUCUGGAAAGCCACCGGGUCGGACAGGAAGAUCAUGAAGUCAUCGGACCACAAGCAGUUGAUCGGGCUGAGGAAGACCCUGGUUUUCUACACAGGGAGAGCGCCUCGGGGCAGCAAGACCGACUGGGUCAUGAACGAGUACCGCCUCCCCGAUAACUCCCCCUUGCCUAAGGACAUGGUGCUCUGCAAGAUAUAUAGGAAGGCAACUUCCAUGAAAGUGCUGGAGCAAAGGGCUGCUAUGGAAGAAGCAGCCAAGAACGUCCAAGGCUCUCCAAGUUCCUAUUCGCCGCCACCGUCUCCAAUCGACAGAGUCUCCUUCACCAGCCACCAUGGAGAACUGACUUGGCCGAAAACUGAACACCCACUAAAAGAGGAAGCACAGGAAAUGAUCCUGUCCCCGAUGGCAGAGCAAUCUGAGGAAAGCAAAAAUGAUCAGUUAAAGAAGUUGAAAAUGACCCCUUCUCUUAAACUUCCAUGGGGGAGUGAUGAUUUGAUGGAGCUUCAGCUGCCCAAGUGCACCGCGGACUGGACACAGGACAGCUUCUGGACUCAGUUCAACAGCCCGUGGCUUCAAAACCUGACUGCCUCGGCUUAUCUCUUGAACCUAUAAAUCUGCCAUUUUUAUGUGUUUAUGAAUAGCGAAAAUUUACUCUCUAAAUCUUGUGGAUAGAUUAGUUCUUAGCUAACAGAAGGUUAUUGUCAUCAGCUCAUCAUCUGUGAUUCCGAAGAAAUUGCAGCAGGGUGUAGAUUGUUAAGAGGGACCAUUCGGAGGCGAUAAUUUAUAGAAUCCCGAAUCCGUUCGCCUAAUUUGUUUUAUCAGUCUGUCAAUUGCAUUUGUGUAAAUUAAUAUUGGGCUUCAUGUUCUUUUCCUUGCA